AUGGAACGUCCAAUCAAAAAUCAUUCUGAGGCACUUGAAGUGAAAAUUCGAACGAUUCUCCAACAAGUCGUGGAUGUGGAUGAGAAAAAUCAACUCGUACAAAUUGUUCUCUGGGUUCAAUUGACUUGGAAAGAUUACAAGAUGAAAUGGGAUCCAAAAGAAUAUGGAGGAAUCAUCGAUGUACAGCUACCACCGGGAACCCUCUGGAAGCCUGAUAUUCUUCUUUUCAACUCUGCUGACGAGCAUUUCGAUGCUUUGUUUCCGGUGAAUUUCGUCGUCGACUAUGAGGGAAAUGUUCUUAUGAGUCCGCCUUCAAUUGUCAAAAUUUCUUGCAACAUUGAUCUCACUCAUUUCCCAUUUGAUGAUCAAAUUUGUUACUUGAAAUAUGGCAGUUGGACCUAUACAGGUCAUAAAGUGGAUAUCGUUGUCGAUACAGAAGGUCUAAACCCUCCACACAGUAUGGAUCUUCAUUAUUAUGUACCAAAUGGAGAAUGGAGUUUAUUAAGCACUCCAUCACACGUUGAUCGUCAAGAAUUUUUUGGGAAAAAAUAUGUCGAAGUGUAUUUUUAUCUUCAUUUGAAGCGACGAACUCUCUACUAUGGUUUAAACUGGAUCAUUCCAUCUUUAUUGAUCUCAUUGUCAAAUGUGCUUGGCUUUGCGCUACCGCCAGAGUGCGGUGAAAAGAUCACCGUUCAAAUCACGAAUUUGCUCUCGGUUUUGGUCUUUCUUGGUAUGGUUUCCAAUGUGACGCCACCGACAUCCGAAUCGAUUCCAGUCAUUGUUGCCUUUUUCACCGCCUCGUUAUUGAUUCUUGGUCUUUCCGUGAUCACCACCACUCUCACUAUCACCAUUCACUUUCGAAAUCCAAAAACUCGACCACCCAUGGGACCUUUGCUGAGUUUAAUUUUCCUUGAAUGGCUUCCAUGGUUUCUAAUGAUGGAAAGACCUGGAAAGAAAUUCGCUCGUCCGCCACAAUUGCAAGGUUGCCGAUGUGAAACAUUUGAAGAUAUACGCGAAAAGAGUCACCGAGGUUCAUCGAUUACAUCCAAAAAUAUCGACUCAAAAUCGUCAACUGAGGAGAGUGAAAGGUUGAAAGCCUCUAGUGAGGAUCUGAUUGAAGAAACAAAUUGGACGGAAAAUCCAAGAUAUGUAAUCCCGCAGUACAGUUUGGAUGAGUGUACGCCGAUGGAGAUAUCAUUGCGAGAAAUCGCUGAUAAUUUAAAGUUUAUACGAAAAAAAUUCGAAGAAGAAGAGGCUGAAGAGGAGGAGGAGAGUGACUGGAAAUUCAUGGCAAUGGCUCUCGAUCGUUUCUUUCUUUUUCUUUUCACUGGUGCUUACAUUUUCAUCUCAUUAGCAAUGGUCAUAGCAACUCCACGUAUUUUUGAUCAAUCCGUUAUUACUGUGAAAAAA